AUGGCCGCGCCCAAAGACGACAACCCCGGGCUGAACGGGCUGAACGACUUCGUCAAGAAGUUGUACCAGAUGCUACUGCAGGACAGGUACCUGGACGUGGUGCGGUGGACGCCGCACGGCACCAGCUUCGUGGUGUUGAACACCAACGAGUUCACCAAGUGCAUCCUCCCGACGCACUUCAAGCACAGCAACUUUGCCAGCUUCGUGCGCCAGCUCAACAAGUACGAUUUCCACAAGGUCAAGAUCUCCAGCGAGCAGCGGCAGGCCUACCAGUACGGCGACGACGCGUGGGAGUUCCAGCACCCGGACUUCAAGAAGGACGACACGGACGCGCUCGAAAACAUCCGCCGCAAGGCUCCCACCAAGAAGGAGCCGCCGCAGGACGCCGGCCAGCUCCAGGCUCAGGUGCUGCAGCUCCGCACGGACGUGGCCAAGCUCCAGAACGACCUCCGCGUGCUGAACGAAAAGUACCGCGCCAUGUCCGAUUCCGUGGUGGCGCACCACACGUUCAACGAGCGCCAGUACCGGUCCAUGGGCAUGCUCGUGCAUUGCCUCACGCAGGCCGGGAUCAAAGUGCCGCCGCUCGACUUGCCGAACCCGAGCCUCCUCAGCAUGGUGCAGCCGCCGCUGGCCCGCGACAAGCCGCCGGCUCACCACCAGCACCAGACCAUCCAGACGCACCAGCAGAGACAGCAAAGGGAGCAGCAGAAGCUCCAGGCGCCGGCCGCGCCGGGCCCGGCCAGCCGGCUGGAACCGGCGCAUCUGCGCCAGCACAGCACGGACGGCGCCGCGGUGCCGCUCGCCAAGUACGAGCCCGUGUCGACGACGCUGAUGCCCAACGCCAAGUUCCACGUGUUGCUUGUGGAGGACGACAACGUGUGCAUCCAGCUCUGCCGCAAGUUCUUGAUGAAGUACGGCUGCCAAGUGACGGUGGUCACGGACGGCUUGAACGCCAUUUCCACGGUGGAGCACACCAAGUACGACCUCGUGUUGAUGGACAUCGUCAUGCCCAACCUCGACGGCGCCACGGCGACCAACAUCAUCCGCUCGUUCGACACGCAGACGCCCAUCGGGCCGAAGCUGGAGUUCCUUGACCUGCCGCCGGACAACGACUUGGUCAACUACCUCCGCAACGGCAUGUCCGACAUCCUCGCGAAGCCGUUCACCAAGGACGACUUGUACCUGAUUUUGAGCAAGCACCUCCUCGGGCCGAAGCUGGAGUUCCUUGACCUGCCGCCGGUGCCCGACUUUGCCGGCCUUACCCCGAAGGGGCCUCUGCAAGUGGCCAUGCCGCAGGCCAUCCCCAACAUCACGCCCACGCCGCCGUUGGGCCAGGGCAUCAUUGACCCCAUGGACACCUUGGAGCCCUCGGCGAAAAAGCCGCGCAUGCACUGA